UAAAUUUCCCUGAUAUGGCAGCACUGUCAUGGUACGUGGGUAUGGACAAUAUCUCUGUUUUGGAACAACUAAAUUAAGAAGUAUUAAGUAUUAGCGGCGUAAGAACUGCAUCCCAGAGGACCACUGACUGCUGAAUGGCAGAAAAACCUGUGGCCAUGGAGGGCACCGUGCCGGAGGCCAAGUACCAGCUACUGGCCAGUGAAUACUCAAAGUUGCGGGCACAUGCGACUGUGUUGCGAAAGGCGGUGAAGAAGGCUCAGGAGGAUCAGGAAAAGGAAAUUGGACUGAAAGAGCAACUGCAGCAAUGCAACACUGCCUUGCGGCGCUCGGAGCAGGAAGUGGACUCUCUGGGAUUCCGCAACAAGCAGCUGGAGUCGCGGGUCUUUCAAUUGCAACAAGAAAUCUCAGCGCACGAGCAGCGCAAAAAAAAAGAAAAGGAUACGGGUAACCGGCGUGGUUUACUAAUGGGUAGCUCCCAGAAUCGGCCAGAUGCACUUGGGGACGCCUCGGCAAACUCACAUACCGAGGCAAACGCCGCCCAGGAAGCGCUCAUCUUUGAGGAGCUUCAAAAGAAAAUUAUGGAGAAUGCGCAGCUGACCUCAUUGGUUGACGAUAAGGAGCGGGAUCUGCUGUUGCACACGGAGCGCAUUGCGUCACUCGAACAAAAGCUUGAAAAACGCAUCAGCGACCAAAGCGAGAUGGAAAAACGACUGCGGAAGGAGAUGGAGACACUGCAGCAGCGCAACGGCGAACUGGAAACCAAACUCGUAGAUGCGGCUAGCAUGCUUGGCAGCGAGGACACCUUGAGUGCCACAGGCAGCGACACUACUCCCUUCCACAAUCUUCAACAGCCAACGAACAGUACUCAGCACAGUUCAGAGGAUCGGAUUGCGCAGCUUGAAAAGGAGGUGGUACACUGGAGGGCUCAACUUGAAAUGGCCAAAACGUACCAAGCAUUCGUCUCGAACCCCAAGGAUCUCAUCACGUGCAGUUGCAGCACGGCUGCAGCGGGCGUGACAGUUCGGCCAGCGGAACCAGAGUCCAAGGGAAGUCAGCGGGCGCGGGACUCGUUGCAGGAGCCACCGGAGCCUCCUUCUAAAGACCAGCUUAUCUACAGUAUGUUUAGCAAAAAGUUUGAGGAUUUGCUGCGACUUAAAGCGCAAGCGGAGUCGAAGCUACGAUCCUAUGAGCUGGAGGUGCAACACCUACAAAAUUGCUUGGAAAAUGCUACGCAUGAACUGAAGGCCAAAGAGGAUCAACUGGCUAGCUUGGGCGGAGCCCUGCAAAUGCUCGAAGAGGAGUUGACCACAACUCGCAUCAAUUACGAAGAGCAAAUCAGCGUUCUUACCGAGCAAGUUAUCAGCCUUAGCGAUCAACUGGCUGCCUGCAAAUGAUUUGGACUGUGUGAAAGUAUGGAGCGAUUGUGCCCUGCUGCUUUGCUGUACAUUAGUGUAUAAUAACUAACAAAUCAUGUUUUGUUGACGUGUAUAUAACUGAACAUUCUAUGUGUAUUAAAUAAUUCGCUAAAAUUUAAACCAUUUAA